AGUUUGUAGUUGUCUAGAAAACUCUUUAAUUUAUAAAACAACCUGUAUUUCAGUUUUCUAGUUCUUGGUAUGCAAAAUUUAGAAUGGGCAAAGGCAAAUUAGCCUUAGACUUUACCGGUCGAGUGGUUGCCAUAACGGGCGCCUCCUCCGGAAUUGGUGCCGCGACGGCCAGGAUGUUCUCCCAAUUGGGCGCAUGCGUGGCUUUAAUCGAUCGCGACGAGAAACGGCUGCUGAACGUGAUGAAGGAUUGCUUCGAUAUAGGGUAUGAGCCAUAUGCCCUUUCCGCCGAUCUGUUGAAGACUGAGGAGAUUGAGUGUGCUGCCAAGAAAAUUCGUGCGCGUUUCGGUUGCUGCGAUGUGCUGGUCAAUGGAGCCGGCAUUAUGCCCAUGUCUACGUUAGAGAAGACCAGUCUGGAUUGCCUCGAUCUUGUGUUCGAUGCCAAUGUGCGUUCGAUGUUUUAUUUAACGCAGCAGCUGCUCCCAGAAAUAAUCAGCUGUUGCGGCUGUAUUGUGAACGUCUCCAGUGUAUGUGGUAUACGGGCGUUUCCAAAUCUCGUGGCCUACAACAUGUCUAAGGCUGCGGUAGAUCAUUUUACGCGCUCACUAGCACUUGACUUGGGACCGCAGGGUAUACGCGUAAAUGCCGUCAAUCCCGGCGUUAUACGCACCAAUCUCCUGCGAACUGGCGGCAUGGGUGAAGAGCAAUAUAAAGAGUUGAUGGAACGCUCCAAGACGACACACGCCCUUUGUCGUGUGGGUGAGCCCGAAGAGGUGGCCUCAUGCAUUUGUUUUCUGGCUAGCCCAUUGGCCAGCUUCAUCACCGGCGUAACCAUGCCAGUGGAUGGCGGCAAGCAAGUCAUGUGUCCAUAUUAGUUCAUUUGUCCCAUUUAUAUAAACACACAGAAUAAAAUUUCGGUACUAUUUAGAUGUGAAACAAA